AUGCCUGGCCUACAACGUCGACUUCGAAGCCGGCACUUACAAAUGAUUGCAUCGGUUCGUGGCACCAUUGGCACUGGUCUCUUCAUUGGAAGUGGAUCAGAAAUAUCCUAUGGCGGUCCUGUCGGAGCCAUGCUCGCCUUUGUGUUUGUUGGCACGAUAUUCUCUUGGGUAACGACAUUUGCGCUAGAGUUAACAGCCACCGGCCUGAUCAUACAAUAUUGGGAGAACUCUAUCCCAAUCGCUAUUUUCAUUGCUGUUUUCUGGGUACUGAUAGUUGCACUUAACCUGCUCCGGGUUACCUUCUACGGUGAGAUCGAGUUUUGGCUAUCAAGCGUUAAGGUACUGACAAUCAUCGGCUUCAUGAUCUUUGCCAUUUGCAUUAAUGCUGGAGUUGGUGCUGAGGGAUACUUUGGUUUCCGCUACUGGGUGAAACCUGGGCCAUUUAAUGAAUACUUGAUCAAAGACAACCCUGCACUUGCCAGAUUCGUCGGGUUGUGGGCCGUCAUGAUCAAAGCUGGGUUCGCUUAUGGAGGAACGGAGCUUAUUGGUAUGGCCGUCGGUGAGGCAGAGAAUCCACGAAAAGCCAUCCCCUCUGCGAUCCGGAAAGUGUUUUAUCGCAUAGCAUUCUUCUUCGUCUUCACCGUAGUAUUUAUCGGUAUCAUUGUUCCUCCCAACGACCAUCGUCUCACUGCAAGCGCUGAGGGUGGUGCGAGCGGCACCAACGCCAACGCGUCACCUUUGGUCCUUGCAGCCAAGCGAGCUGGCGUCAAGGUCUUACCAUCACUCAUCAACUCGGUCUUCCUUACUGUGGUUCUCUCGGCUGCCAAUUCCAACGUUUACACUGCUAGCAGGACUUUGAUUGGCUAG